AUGUACUUUGCCAUCAACCUCUUGCUUCUCCUACUCGUUUAUGCCCCACCAACACUUGGCAGUCAUGAGGAGGAAUACUCGGAGUCUCUAGAGUUUCGCCCGCUCCGUGAUGGCAAGCUCGCUGCCAACUUUGUAUUCACAACCACCCUGCAUGAUACUGUACCGAGGACAGCGCACAGCUUGAGCGAAGACGAUGCCCCGCAGCAUUACACGCUCUUCCCACUCGCGCUCGGCCAGAUCCUGCGCGAAUACGCCAUCACCGAGCUCCAUCUGAACCUCAACGCCGGCCAAUGGCAGUACGGUCGUUGGGGUCCGCCGUAUCAGUCUUCCGUCGCUCCUGGCGCUGAGCUCUGGGCUUGGAUGGGAGAAGGUGGUCCAAAGAGCAUCGACGAGCGGUGGAAGGGGACGCAGAACGCGCUGGCCGGCUUAUUCUGCGCGUCGCUAGGCAGCAUGGACGCCCAGCGCACGACAACGCCCACACGGGCUUUCCCACCCGCCGGCGCCCUCCCAUCACUCCCAUCCAACGCGUCCUACGCCCUCCGCCAUGCGCACCUGCCCUCGGAGAAUGUUUGCACUGAGAACCUGACCCCGUUCCUCAAGCUGCUACCUUGUCCGGCAAACGCCGGGAUUGCCAGCCUUCUGAACCCGCACAAGUUGUUCGACGCGGAUUGGCAUGGGUUGGGCAUCAACGUGCUGUGGAAGGAGAACGGCGUCGUCGAACUCAAGAUGACCGUCGAAGCUGUAUUCGAUCCGGUUCGCACGUCUCCAGACGGCAAACGCGACUGGUCCUUCCGCUCCAUAUUCGGCCGCACGAUACAACGUCCAUGUCCCGUCGCAUGGGACGCUCAUGUCUGGGUCAACACAGAGGGACCCGAAGGCUGGUCUAUCGAGCCCGAGUCCAACGUCGCGUGGUCUCACACUGAGCCGGGUGGGCCGGUGGACGGUGUCGGCUUCGAUCUCAUCGAUGUCUUCACCGACGGGUUAGACUUGGUCAUGCGAUGGCCUGAUGAGAAGAAGUUCGCAUACCCCCUUGAUCUCUCAUCGACGACAAACUCCAAUGUCUUGGUCGACCGUACAAUGAAAGGAUCCAGUCAGACCUCCGGCGAGCUCGUCUUGAGUAUGAAAAACAAUAUGAACAAAGAAGCGCGCUUUCUCUGGCUCGAGACGCUACCCUGGCAUGUCGAGCUAUACUUGCAUACUCUGCAUGUUACGUGUGCGGACGGACAUUCGUGCGACCAUCUUCUCGGCAAUUUGACAUACACCCCACCCGUACCACAUGCCUCCGCCGCUCUCCUCCAAACCGAACUCAUCCUCCCACCUGGCGGGCAUCUCCACGUCACGGCCCAAGUCCGCAAGUCCUUCCUUCGCUACACCGAACACCCGCCCGACGCCCAACGUGGCUGGGACUUACCGCCAGCCGUUCUCGUCGAUAUCACCCCAUGGUUCACUCAGACCUAUCAAAGGAUAUACACGCGUCCGUUGCUGGUCGACCUUGCAACUCCGGACUUCAGCAUGCCGUACAAUGUCAUCAUCAUGACUUGCACGCUCAUCGCGCUGUGCUUUGGGAGCGUCUUCAAUAUGCUCACGAGGAGAUUCCUGGUGUUUGACAGUGAGGGGAAGAAGGUCGCCGGUGGAGAGAGCGUCCCAGAAGGAGAUGUGCAGAAACCCAGUGAGGGUGAGAAUGGGUCAUGA